AUGACCAAAGAGUUUGCACAUCCCAAGUUCUGGGCAACAGGUGUUGGUCACAACCAGUACAAGUGGUCAUGCCUCACCUGCAAGGACAACAAGUGGCAAGAUAAAACCACUCUCCAUCAAGAGAACGUUGGCCACCUUCUAUCCACUCAUCUUUGCCCUUUGAAUUUCUUGGAAUCAGGAUCCCCUCCUCAUGGUGUGCCAUGGGUGGCUACUCCCUCUAAUAACGAUGGUAGUUUUCAACUUGACUGGGAUGCCAUUGACCAUGAACAGCUCUAUUUACCAUCUGCACAGCAACUAACAAUGAUGGCCAGCAGCUUGGCUGCAUGGUUGGCUGAUGGUGAUGAUGCAAUCUCCUCUGAUGAAGAUGUGUCCAACUCCCCUGAUGUCGAAGGCAAAGAAUAUUGUCCAGAGCUGCUUCAGCCAGGCAUGACAUGCUCGUCUCAGCAUGCAGGUGAUGCUGCACCUGCAAAUCCUGCAUGGUUCCUGUGGCCCAAUAAACAGACAUGCAUACUUGAUAUUCUACAGCACCUCCUGCAUUUGUUAUUUUCAGAUGUGCAACUUCAGGUCAUCCUCUGGAGACUUGCAAUCCUCAGAGUUGAUAAUGUUCCCUCCACAAAGACACUCAAAGAUAUUGACAAUUCCCUCCAGGCCCAAUACAGGAUUCCAUCAGUCCAUUAUCAAGGUGUACUCAGCCAUAUCUAUUAUGUCAACCACCUGCCUUCUAUCAUCACACAAGAAAUGGUGAACCUGCACAUCUGCCCACAUAUCCACCAUUACCCUGAAGAUGCUGGGGGGUGGCUGUAUGAGAUUGAUCCCACUGUUGCCACACCCAUGAUUCACAAAGGCCAUCAAGAUUUUUAUGUGUUUGAGCUGGCAAAGUUGAUGGAUGGCACAAUGGUCAUUCCCAAGCACUGGUAUACAAAACCCUCUGCAUUACUAACUUCUCCUCCCUUUGAGCUUGAGUAUUGGGCCUGCACAUGGCAAGCUCACCCCAUCAUGAAUGGUCACAUGUGUGGAUAUGUUAUCCACACAUAUGAUACCAUCAAGGUGCCAGUGAGCAGUCUUCUCCUCUCAUUUCCACACCUGCUUCAAAUGCAUCAGAUCAAUGGUCAACCUGACAUGUGCAAUAUCAUAGGUGUGUAUGAGACGAGAGGACAUGGUGUCCUCCCAUGGACAUUGACUGAUCCUGUGGUUGGGAAUAUAUGGCACAUGCAUGUGAAGGGGCACCAUGUCCUCAGUUACAUGAUAUGGCUUUAUUGUGACAACACCUCCAGCAAUAUGUCAAAGAAGUGGAACAAGCACAACUUGUUUCUCUUCACUGCAGCUGGUCUCCCACAUUCUCUGGUCCACAAAGAGAGCAACAUCCAUUUCCUCACUAUGUCUAACAUUGCUCCCCCCCUAGAAAUGCUUGAUGGUAUUGUGGCCCAACUUGAACAUGCACAAAUGCAUGGCAUUUGGGCUUGGGACAUAGAAGCAAGGGAGAUGGUUCUCAUGAUCCCUGCUGUCCUGGUGAUGCUUGGUGACAAUCCAAUGCAGAGCAAACUUGCAUGCCAUGUUGGUCUGCAGGGUAAAUUUUUUUGUCACAAUUGCUGGGUGCAAGGGGUAGGGGCAGAAUCAAGUGAACACCCACAGGCACUGCAACCAGAUGACAACACUUGUUCCAUUGAAACUGCAUCACACAUGACUGACUUGGACAGGUCCACUCAUGGGGGUGUCACACAACAGCUGAAAGGCAAGGGCCACCACUUGGAGACAAUGCAAGGUCUUGCCAACACACCUCGCACCUGGCAACACAUGGUGGAGAAACUCCAUAGCAUGUUCCAUGAAACUGACAUGGGCAUUAAAGAUACAUACAUGGACAUGUUCAUCGAGUGGAUCCUCAAGCAUGUCAAAGGCAUUUGUGUGGGAACAGAUGGAUUUACUGAGGCUGUCAAUGCAAUUAUGCAAGGCUGUUCAGUGGAAGAAUUCAUUAGUCCUGUUUGGAGGAUCAAAGGCCUUGAUCCCCAUCAAGACACCCCUGUGGAAGUCCUGCAUCUCAUCUUACUCAGAUUCAUGAAGUAUUUCUGGUGUGAUGCCAUCUCCAGGAUGAAUGAUGAUCAAAAAGCAGAGCUCCAGGUUCAAUUGGCAUCAUUCAAUACCUCAGGACUUGGCAUCCCUCCAUUGGCAGCCCAAACAUUCAUUCAAUAUGCUGGGUCUCUCACUGGAUGUGAUUUCCAUGCCAUAUGCCAAGCAACACCCUUUGUACUCUAUGACCUUGUUCUGCAUGAGUGCUACAAAGCAUUUCUGGCACUAUCAUCUCUGGUCCCCCUUGUUUGGCAACCAUGCAUUGACAACAUCAACAGGCACCUGCCAAAGUUUCACAUUCUUCAGCACCUCCCUGACCACAUCCAGUGUUUCAGUCCUGCAAUCCUAUUUGCUACAGAAGGGUUUGAAUCUUACAAUGCCAUGAUCCAUGACCACAGACUCACUGAACUCCCCUACAGUGAUAAUGAGCAUGAGUGGCUGGUGCCUGGCUCUGGGGUCAAGUCACUGACCAGCCUUGACAUCCCAAUGUUCUGCAAUGUCAUUGCAGAUUACUUCAGGCUCACAGACAAUAGAGAUCCUCUUGAAGCUGGUUCAUGCAUGCAUGACAAGACACAUCCAUGGCCACUUGAGAAGACAAAUAUGGCAUUAUGGGUCCCAUAUGCACUGCCUUGGGUCAAACAUCAUCUUUAUCAAACUUGUCACUCCUUUGUUGCAACAAACAAGCCUCAUGCUGCUGGCCACAAACUCCCCCUCAUUGGAUCUCUUCAUGAAAUUCUUCAGAUUUGUCACUCACCAGCCCAACAGUGCAAUCAAGCGAACUGGCUAUUGCUCAAGACAUUCAAAGUGACUGGCUCUGCAGAUAUCUAUCACCUGCAAUGCAUUCAGCCACUAUGUUGGGUCAUGUUACCAGUGACAGCUGUUAUCUGUUGUGUCAAUGUCCAGCACAAUUGUGCAGGACACAGAUGCACUGGUUCAUCUACAGUAUCAGUCUAUGAAGAACAUGAGAAAAUGACAAAGACUGUGAAAUGGAUUGAGCACUGUGAACCCUUGGACCUUAUACUGAACACUGCACAGAUGUGUGAUGCCUCUCAUGUGCAAUGGUUCCACACUCUGGUACAACAGUUGGAUCAUGAUUGGGCAAUCCACACUGGUGCAGCUGCUGAGUUCAAUGCACAGAAAAUCAAGAUACUGAAAACCUUGUGA